AUGUCUCUAAUGGUCGCUUUAGGAUCUUGCCUCGCGCUGGAUCUGGACAUUUAUGUCGAGUCCGGACCGUUCGAGCGCGGAAUCGGCUGGAUUUUCAUCUACUACACUUUUACGUUUAUUGCGUUUGAAUCUGUACUGAUGCUGACGAAGUGUAUCAUAGAAACGCCUGUCGAAGGAAGCAGUUUUUUAUAUCUUAUAGAUAUUCGCGGAAAGCAUCUAUCCUUCCUUCCUCGAAUUCGUGUUCCUUUCGAUCCCAGUGGCUCCCGUCCGAUCCCAAUCUAUCAGAAAACGAAGGAUUCUCCUCGCUUGACCCAGUUUGUCUCCUGGAAACUUGCUUCGCUGAUUAUCGCCUUUGCAGCAGCUAUUUAUAAGCUUUAUAAGGCGUACGAGAGGAAGAUCGAAAUCAACAAGUCAUUUGUGGAGUAUUUUGAUUCCCGGAAGUCCUCGAAAUCGCUCUAUGAAGAUGUCGCGCUGGAAAAACAUUUGGAGUUGGAAUUCACCAUCGAUCAUGUUACACAAGAUGAAGAAACUGGGAACCUGCUUUUAGUUGACUCUUCCGGAUCUUUGACGAUUUUUGAUGCUUCAAGUAACAAAAUUGUCGCUCAGAAGCUGUCUCAGAUUUCUUCUUAUCGCGCUUCCACGACAUCAGAUUCGAGACAUCAUUUUACCGAGGACGAUAAUCCAUUGAUAUCUGACGAUGAGACUGUUUGGUCUAUCGGACUUCAUCAAAACAACAUCAUUCUUGGCUUAUCUUCUGGGAACGUGAAGUUUUUGCAGGUUUCAAAAGCAGAAAUGCUUCUCAAGUCGACUUAUCUACUCGACGAAUCUGGCGUUUCAUUCAUAAUUACGCGUGACGAGGAAAGUGCUUUCAUCGCGCUUACGAUUGAAGGAACCGUACGAAAAUUCUCCACUUGUCAAUUUUCCGCUCACGAGGUGCAACACAGCACGCCUGGCGUCACAGUUGUCCGCACCAUGUGCGAACGUAUCGUUUCUGGCUCAUUAGACGGCUCUGUGACUGUUCUGAACAAGGACUGCAGGACUGAUCAUGUCUGCAAAGGUCACAAUUAUCCAAUCACUGCCCUGAAUCUCUUCAAAAAUGGAAAAUCUUCAAGCGACAUCACUGCCAUGUCGGCGGAUCAGUCUGGUCAGGUCCGAAUUUGGACCUUGUUGUCGGGCCGUUGCCAAUUUGUGCUUGGCAAUUACUCUGGCAUGAUUUCAAAUGUCUGGCCUUGCAGGGAUAUCCUGAUCGGAAUAACACAAUCAGGGCGGGUCCUAAUUUGGACUCACCGCAGCGGCCACUUCAAGCAAUCUUUCAAACUUGGAGAGUCUUCAAAUGGCGGUGCCAUUGUUCUCAAUGAAAACUUACUGAUUGCUGCAUUCGACCAGCAAAUAGGAUUUAUUGACCUUGAUCUGAAGAACAAAAGAAGAUCAAUCUCGCUGCGAAAUUCAAAAGGACCCCUAAAUGACAGAAAGUCAGUCAAACAAGAUGCAUACAUGGCCCAUUCUUACGUCGGUCCUGAUGGUCUUUCCGCCUGUUGCAUCGCUGAUGAAGAGUACCCAAAAAGACCGGCUUUUGUCAUGCUUGGCAAGGUAGUAGAGGACUUCGCCGCAGCGCAUCCAAAUUGGAGCAGCAUCAAUUCAGUCGAGUUCGGAUUGAAGGACAUUCUUACAAGAUGGCAAGAUCCUAAAUCCGCUGAUUCCAUCAUGAAAGUGCAGAACGAGCUCGAUGAGACAAAGCAAAUCGUCUCCGAAACGCUCGAAAAGAUUCUCGAUCGUGGCCAGAAGCUUGACGAUCUUGUCAGCCGCAGUAACGAACUCUCAGAGCAGUCAAAAGCAUUCUACAAAACCGCCAAGAAGACCAACUCAUGGUGCUGCUCAAUCAUGUGA